AAAUAAAGAAAAAAAGAGAAAGAAAAUAAAUUAAAAGGUCCUCUAGGGCAUUUUUGCCCACAUAUCAUAUAUAUUUUCUUGAUUUUCUCUUUUGUUUGUUCUUUCAUGUAUGCAUGUUUUUUUGCAUGCAUUUAUACAAAAUACAUUUGUUGAAGGAAGAUAUUAAUGGGGAAUGCAAUUAGAAGGAGAUAGAAAAAGUUUAUUCCUUUUUUCAUCUCCUUUUUUUCUACAUGGCUUAAGCUUUUAUCUGAAAAGGCAAAGGAAUCAGUAUUUCCCAUUGGUGUGGUCCUUCUAUCUGUGUUCUGUUUCAUUGGUGUUGGCUUUUUGGGCUUUUACGUUAUAUACAAUGGCAACCAAAGUGAAGGGAAUUUACAAAUAUAUCACAAAUAUUUUUGUUGUUAAGGAGAGGGAGUUGGAGAUUGGAGGUCCAACUGAUGUUAAACAUGUGGCACAUAUUGGUUGGGAAGGUCCCUCUGGAGGUGCACCUACUUGGAUGAAAUCAUUCAAGGCAGGGCCUGAAUUUGCAGUAACUUCUAUUGGUAACUCUGGUUCUGCUAUCUCUCCUUGGUCAUCUCAAGGUUGUGGAGAGACAACGAGGCAGCUAACAACAGCUAACAUUUACAAGGACAUGAAAAGUACUUCAGAUGUUUCUAGUCCUCCUAAGAAACACAAACGGAGGAAGCCGAAAUCGACUUCCUACCCAAAAUCUAGUUCACCCUCCACGUUGAGAUCAUCACGAGCAACGAAACACAAGGCUAAAUCUGUUGAAGGCAAUCACACACCAACAGCCAUACAAGUGUCUUAAUGUGUUGCAAGCAAGUUCAAAAUGUACACACAAUAAAAAACAAUGACAUUUGCAUAUAUCAUAGUUGAAGAGAAAGGCAACAAAGGGGUAGAAAGUACUUAAGUAAAUGUAGAGGGUGGGAACAUAGAAAUGUGAUUUAAGAAAUAUGGAAGAUGAAAAUUAUAGGAGGGGCUAAAGAUGUCAGACACAAAGGUGAAAUUUAAUUGUACUCAAAAACUUGGUGUUUUGAGGAGAAAAAAACUAGAAUUUGUGUUC